UCCUCAAUCCAUCUCCCUCUCUCUCUCUCCCAAAAACAAACCAUGGCUGCCACUGCUGUUUCUCCCUCACGCCACCUCACAAUCCUCUCCUCCCCCCUCCUCCUCCUCCUCCUCCUCUCCACACUCCAACCUUCCCUCGCCACCACCAGAAAGCUCACCGCCUUGGUCCAGGAGCAGCCCCUCCUCCUCAAAUACCACAACGGCCCCCUCCUCAAGGGCAACACCACCGUCAAUCUCAUCUGGUACGGCGCCUUCUCCGCCUCCCAGCACGCCGUCGUCCUCGACUUCCUCCGCUCCCUAACCCACUCCCCGUCCUCCUCCCCUUCCGUCGCCUCCUGGUGGCUCACCACCGCCAGGUACCGCGGCGGCCCCUGCAACCUCCUCGUCGGCCGCCAGCUCGUCGACGACAAGUGCUCCCUCGGGAAGCGCCUCUCCAACGCCCAGCUCGCGGCCCUCGCGUCGCGAGCGGGACACGGGAAGAACGCAAUCAACGUGGUCCUCACCUCCGCCGACGUGGCGGUCGACGGGUUCUGCAGCCGCUGCGGGACCCACGGCUCGGGCAGCACGGGUAGCGCCGGAAAGUUCGCGUACGCGUGGGUUGGGAACGCGGUGAGCCAGUGCCCCGGACAGUGCGCGUGGCCGUUCCACCAGCCGAUUUACGGUCCCCAGGGGCCUCCGCUUGUCGCGCCGAACGGCGACGUCGGCGUGGACGGGAUGAUCAUCAAUCUGGCGACGGUCCUGGCCGGGACGGUGACGAACCCGUUCAACAACGGCUACUUCCAGGGCCCGCCGGAGGCGCCGCUGGAGGCGGUGAGCGCGUGUACCGGGAUAUUCGGGAAGGGCGCGUACCCGGGGUAUCCUGGGGCGGUCCUGGUGGAGAAAGCGAGUGGGGCGAGCUACAAUGCGAUUGGUGUGGCCGGGCGCAAGUAUUUGCUACCCGCGAUGUGGGACCCGACUACUUCCACGUGUAAGACCUUGGUGUGAUCGAGAAUGUGAGAAAGCGAAGUAGUAGUUUUUUUUUUCUUUUUUUUUUCGCGCGUGUGAUUAAAUAUUUGAUUAUGUGGUGGUACUAUCCAUGAAUGUACAUGUGGAAAUAAGGAAGAAAAGGGAAACAAGGGGGGUUUUAUUUUCGUUUUUUUUUUUUUUGUAAAAGAUUUUCAAUGAAUGGGAAAUUUGCAAAUUUUCUGUAAAAUUGUCGUGUUGGAGAAUUCAUGGCUUUUGUCUUGGAAUUUUGAUGGGAGCGUAGCAUUUGGGCCAAUGGGAUUCAUUUUGGAUCAGACUGAGUAACCAAUGCGUGAGAGUGAAAGGACGAGUCGAGAAGUUAUAUGUCGCGCCCCAUGCUCAAAUAGUCAAUACUCCAUACCCCAUAAAAUAAUUGGACAAUUGUGGU